AAAGUUUCCAGCCGCAAAGUUGAUUGGCGUCUGAUCCCAAUUCUCAGAAUUCUGUACUCAGUCUCUAGCCUCGACUGUGUCAACCUCUCUAAUGCUCGCGUCGCUGGCAUGAACAAAGAACUCCACUUUGACGUCGGAAAUCGUUACUUAGUUGCCCUACUGGUCUUCUUCGUUACAUAUUUCCUCUUCGAG